CAUAAUAAGGAAGUGGGCUAGCAUGAAAUCGUAGAACCGCUCAUGUUUUGACAGAGAUGGGGGUUUUAACUUUCGCACUAUUUUUAUUUUUCACGGUUUCCUGUGCAGAGAGAAAUGGACCAAUUCAGACGUUUGUUAUACCGCACAGUCACAUGGAUGUUGGCUGGGUGUAUACUAUUCAGGUUUGUUGCUAGCUUACCUAGCUAACUCCUGUACCAUUGUAUUAUAUUGGUCUCUUGGACGUUAGAACUAGGGACAUUUUAUUUUGGGAGGUGCAAGAAUGUCUCCAAUAUCACAAAAUGAAAUGUCAGUCCAAAUAUAGCAACAACUCUAUACUGUCAAUGUUCACAGUACACUGUAUUGAACUUGGUGUACUUCUGUCUCUUGUAUCUUCAAACAGGAGAGCAUGCAUGCCUACGCAGCGAACGUGUAUUCCAGUGUGACAGAGGCGCUGACACAGAACAAACAGCGCAAGUUCAUCGCAGUGGAGCAGGAAUUCUUUCGGCUGUGGUGGGAUUCUGUGGCUACAGACAAGCACAAGAAACAGGUAACAUACUAUAGAAUAGUCUUAUACAACCCCCCCCUCUUAUCUUUGUUUGACUUUGUGUUGAUUCGCCUAUCUCCCUCCCCCCCAGGUGCGACAGCUACUGAAGGAGAGUCGACUUGAGUUCAUCAUCGGGGGACAGGUGAUGCAUGAUGAAGCUGUGACCGAUCUAGAUGAUGAGGUACUGCAGCUGACGGGUAAAAGUGGUUUCAUACUUGAUGUAGAACAUUUGUUUUGUUGGUUGCUUUAAACACUCAUGGACUCUCUCUCUCUUCUCUCUCUCUCACUCACACACACACACACACACACACACACACACACACUGUCAUUACAGAGGGCCAUGGGUUCCUGUACGAGACGUUUGGGGUGCGUCCCCGGUUCUCGUGGCACGUGGACCCGUUUGGAGCCUCCGCCACCACCCCUGUCCUCUUUGCCCUGGCUGGGUUCCAUGCCCACCUCAUCUCGCGUAUCGACUAUGACCUCAAAGAUGACAUGCAGAAGAGCAAGGUAUGGUAGUCACCAUAGUUUCAGCUACAGCCUACCAGGCAGGUUACCAUCUCUAUUGAGCAGUCUUGACCAUGAUCAGUGACUUAUAAGCAGUUAACUGGUUUAAAGAGGUUUGACUUAAUAAUAUAUAAUAUAUGCCAUUUAGCAGACACUUUUAUCCAAAGCGAUUUACAGUCAUGCACACAUUUUACGUACAGGUGGUCCCGGGAAUCGAACUCACUAUCCUGGUGUUGCAAGCACCAUGCUCUACCAACUGUGCUACAGUAAUGUUUACACUAUAUUUACAAUAACUUAUUGUCAUGGUCUUUAUGUCUGGAGCAGAAACUCCAGUUUGUUUGGAGAGGCUCCCCCUCCUUGAAAGAGCAGCAAGAGAUCUUCACUCACACCAUGGACCAGUUCAGCUACUGUACUCCAUCUUACCUGCCUUUCUCUAACAGGUCUCCUACAUAUAUAUCCUUUCCCCUCUCACCAUUUUCCAUGUCAUAACUCUCCUAGCAUAUCCUACUCUCUUACAAUUACCCCUACAGGCUGGUUUGUAGAGUACAGUCGUGGUCAAACGUUUUGAGAAUGACACAAAUAUAAAUUUUCACAAAGUCUGCUGCCUCAGUUUUUAUGAUGGCAAUUUGCAUAUACUCCAGAAUGUUAUGAAGUGAUCAGAUGAAUUGCAAUUAAUUGCAAAGUCCCUCUGCCAUGAAAAUGAACUUAAUCCCCAAAAAACAUUUCCACUGCAUUUCAGCCCUGCCACAAAAGGACCAGCUGACAUCAUGUCAGUGAUUCUCUCGUUAACACAGGUGAGAGUGUUGACGAGGACAAGGCUGGAGAUCACUCUGUCAUGCUGAUUGAGUUAGAAUAACAGACUGGAAUCUUUAAAAGGAGGGUGGUGCUUGAAAUCAUUGUUCUUCCUCUGUUAACCAUGGUUACCUGAAAGGAAACACGUGCCAUCAUCAUUGCUUUGCACAAAAAGGGCUUCACAGGCAAGGAUAUUGCUGCUAGUAAGAUUGCACCUAAAUCAACCAUUUAUCGGAUCAUCAAGAACUUCAAGGAGAGAGGUUCAAUUGUUGUGAAGAAGGCUUCAGGGCGCCCAAGAAAGUCCAGCAAGCGCCAGGACCGUCUCCUAAAGUUGAUUCAGCUGUGGGAUCGGGGCACCACCAGUGCAGAGCUUGCUCAGGAAUGGCAGCAGGCAGGUGUGAGUGCAUCUGCACGCACAGUGAGGCAAAUACUUUUGGAGGAUGGCCUGGUGUCAAGAAGGGCAGCGAGGAAGCCACUUCUCUCCAGGAAAAACAUCAGGGACAGACUGAUAUUCUGCAAAAGGUACAGGGAUUGGACUGCUGAGGACUGGGGUAAAGUCAUUUUCUCUGAUGAAUCCCCUUUCCGAUUGUUUGGGGCAUCCGGAAAAAAGCUUGUCCGGAGAAGACAAGGUGCGCGCUACCAUCAGUCCUGUGUCAUGCCAACAGUAAAGCAUCCUGAGACCAUUCAUGUGUGGGGUUGCUUCUCAGCCAAGGGAGUGGGCUCACUCACAAUUUUGCCUAAGAACACAGCCAUGAAUAAAGAAUGGUACCAACACAUCCUCAGAGAUCAACUUCUCCCAACCAUCCAAGAACAGUUUGGUGACGAACAAUGCCUUUUCCAGCAUGAUGAAGCACCUUGCCAUAAGGCAAAAGUGAUAACUAAGUGGCUCGGGGAACAAAACAUCGACAUUUUGGGUCCAUGGCCAGGAAACUCCCCAGACCUUAAUCCCAUUGAGAACUUGAGGUCAAUCCUCAAGAGGCAGGUGGACAAACAAAAACCCCACAAAUUCUGACAAACUCAGCAUUGAUUAUGCAAGAAUGGGCUGCCAUCAGUCAGGAUGUGGCCCAGAAGUUAAUUGACAGCAUGCCAGGGUGGAUUGCAGAGAUCUUGAAAAAGAAGGGUCAACACUGACUCUUUGCAUAAACUUAAUGUAAUUGUCAAUAAAAGCCUUUGACACUUAUGGAAUGCUUGUAAUUAUACUUCAGUAUACCAUAGUAACAUCUGACAAAAAUAUCUAAAAACACUGAAGCAGCAAACUUUGAAGACCAAUACUUGUGUCAUUCUCAAAACUUUUGACCACGGCUAUAGAUCACCAAAAAUCUCAAUUUGAUCAAUUUUGCCUAUCACCAUAGGCUCUUAAUAGAUUACAAGCACAUGUUUGUCUCAGUGAAAUUAAUCAGUUGUUCUCUCUCAGCUCUGGUUUCUAUUGGAAUGGCGUGGCCCUGUUCCCUGACCCCCCUAAAAAUGGCAUCUACCCCAACAUGAGCCUGCCUGUCACCAAAGAGACGCUGUACUCCUAUGCCAAGACCAUGGUGCAGAACAUCCAGCAGAGGGCAGCGUGGUUCAGGACAAACCAUGUCCUCUGGCCCUGGGUGAGUCAACAUAGCCGCAGCCAUAGAUAUACAGAGAUCAGGAAAGUCGUUAAUUAGUGUUCUUUCUAGUAACUUCACCAUUUAUCAAUAUAUGUUUCUCCUGUUAUUUCACUCCAUAGGGUUGUGACAAGCAGUUCUACAACUCCUCUGUGCAGUUUGCCAACAUGGAUCCCUUAGUGGAAUACAUCAACCAGAACAGCAAGGAGUUUGGAGUGACAGUCCAGUACGCCACUCUCAGCGAGUACUUCCAGGCUGUCCACCAAUCAAAUCUCACCUGGGAUAUGAGGGGAAGUGAGGACUUCCUUCCUUACUCCACUGGUGGGUUUUUCGAUAAAUGUUCUUAUCUAUUAUCUGUUUCAAACAUAUAAAUGGAAUAUGAAUUAAACUUGUAUAAUAAAAAUGUAUAUAUCAAUGGUUCCAAUGACCAAGAGUUGGCACACUCAAAACAUGUAGGAGUAAAAACUGCUAUGAAGCCAAGGGCCGGAAAAAUGCUUUUCUCACAUAAUUCCAAUCUGGUUCUUGGAGUUCUAAAAAGGAACAUUUUGUCUCUCCAGAACCUUUCCAGGCAUGGACUGGGUUCUAUGCCUCCCGGAAUGUUCUGAAGGGGAUAGCCAGGAGAGCUAGUUCGCAGCUGCAUGCUGCAGAGACUCUAUUCACCCGGUACCGGGUCAGCUACCCAGAUGGACCGGUCCCUAAAGAAGAGGCCCUGAAGAAACUGAAGGCCCUCCGCUGGGCUGUCUCUGAGGUGCCUGAUCAAAAUACUCACUGAUUCAUUGUGUAUUUAUCUGUAUUAAUAGUACCUAUCAUUGUAACCCAGUGAUUAAACAUUCUCAUAUCCCAUUUCUGACACACACAUUUAGAAAUAAAAGACCCACAAAAUGAAUUAUUUGAAAUAGAUAAGGACUGUUUUCAUCUUGUUAUCCCUCUGUUUUAUCUGCAGGUGCAGCACCAUGACGGGAUCACAGGGACAGAGUCUCCCAAGGUGGCUGACAUGUACAUAGAGCACCUGACCCAGGCUAUGAUGGGAGUAGAGGAACUCCUGGCUGCCCUCUUCCUCCUACCCCAGGCCCUGGGCACCGCUAGCAACUCUGAAGCCUUCUAUAGACAAGACUCUCAGAGCAAGGGUAAAGUCAUGUAUUUGAAAAAGAAUCAUUAAUAAUUGAAAAAUGCAUCCUUCCUUCCUUUGACAUGAUCUCAGAGGAGUGGAUGUGUUAAAGUAGUAGGAUGGGAAGCGUGUUUUCACUUAUCCAAUCGCACACUACAGAUCAGUGAUUACACAUCAAGGAAGGGGGUACAAAAGGAUGUAUUCUGACAAGGCCCAAGGCUCCGCUUGGUCCAAGGCAUAAUCUUAUAACUAUCUUCAUCAACUACAACAUGGGUAUUUUUUAAAAUAUAAAUCAAUGAUAAUUUGAUAAUAAGUGUAAUUGCAGGCUCCCAUCAGGACCAGGAACAGCACAUCAUUGUAUACAACCCCCUGGCAUGGAACACCACCACCAUCAUCAACGUCACGGGAACCUUCCCCAUGGCAACGGUGUUUGACGACCAAGGACAGGCCGUGCCUGCGCAGGUAGUGUGGAAAUACAUGGUUGAUUUAUCCAGCUAAAUAUGUUGUAGGACAAUGGGUCGCCCUUAUAUUACAUAAAAGCCAUGUGUAUAUCUGUAGUUCCAUUGACGACAUACCUUCUAAACAAACCCAGUUUUCAGCUAAUCAUGAUUGUGUUCAUUGGGCAUGCAGCGAAAAACAGUUCGCAACGGAGUCCAGGUAUUCCCUCCCUGUUUGUCUGUUGUCUUCUGUUUCGUGUCCAAUGAACACGGCCCGCAUCUCUCUGCUCCCAACAGACCCAGAGUUCAGCUGACUCCAACAAGACCUAUGACCUGUUCAUCGUGGUGGACCUUGGGGGUCUCCAACACAGGAAGUACCUCAUCAAGUUCUCAGAGAAGCCGGGUGAAGAGGGCCUCGUGACCCACCAUGCCUGGGUCGUGUCGUUCAAUAGACGAAAUGUUUCACAGUGGUUGAAGACAGGAAGGAGACUCUUACCGGUUCUGAAUGAAUGUUAUAAGAUCAUGUUGGACCAGGAUACUAACCUACUGCAUAGCAUCACCGACAGGUAGUUAUAUUCAACAUUCACAUCAGGGUCACAUUAAACAGGCGAACGUUGUGGAACGUUGCAGAUAGAAAUGUAGUUAAUAGAGCUGACGUGAUUUCUUCUACAUGUCAGAGAAGCAUGUUUUAUUUUACUGAACGUUCCACAACGUUUUCCUAUUGAACGCAGCCCAGGCGUUACGUCAACAAUGCCCCCUGUGAACUUUCUGUGACCCUGACAGGCAUGAGAAGAGAACGGUGAGAAUGAGUCAGGAUUUCUGGGAGUACCAGGUCAAUGGGAAUGUCAGCGCAGGGCCCAUCUCUGAUAACUACAUCUUCAGUGCUAACGGCUCUGCAGUGAGGGCAUACAAGGCCGUCAAGAUGGAGAUUGUCCCUGGGAAGAUCAUCACUGAGAUCAGACAGUACUUCUACAGGUGGGAAUGUCAACAACUCCUUUCUGUCAGUCUUUGGUUUCCAUGUACCCUCCUUCCCUAGCUGCUACAGUGAGGGGAAAAAGUAUUUGAUCCCCUGCUGAUUUUGUACGUUUGCCCACUGACAAAGAAAUGAUCAGUCUAUAAUUUUAAUGGUAGGUUUAUUUGAACAGUGAGAGACAGAAUAACAACAACAAAAUCCAGAAAAACGCAUGUCAAAAAUGUUAUAAAUUUAUUUGCAUUUUAAUGAGAGAAAUAAGUAUUUGACCCCCUCUCAAUCAGAAAGAUUUCUGGCUCCCAGGUGUCUUUUAUACAGGUAACGAGCUGAGAUUAGGAGCUCUUAAAGGGAGUGCUCCUAAUCUCAGUUUGUUACCUGUAUAAAAGACACCUGUCCACAGAAGCAAUCAAUCAAUCAGAUUCCAAACUCUCCACCAUGGCCAAGACCAAAGAGCUCUCCAAGGAUGUCAAGGACAAGAUUGUAGACCUACACAAGGCUGGAAUGGGCUACAAGACCAUCGCCAAGCAGCUUGGUGAGAAGGUGACAACAGUUGGUGCGAUUAUUCGCAAAUGGAAGAAACACAAAAUAACUGUCAAUCUCCCUUGGCCUGGGGCUCCAUGCAAGAUCUCACCUCGUGGAGUUGCAAUGAUCAUGAGAAUGGUGAGGAAUCAGCCCAGAACUACACGGGAGGAUCUUGUCAAUGAUCUCAAGGCAGCUGGGACCAUAGUCACCAAGAAAACAAUUGGUAACACACUACGCCGUGAAGGACUGAAAUCCUGCAGCGCCCGCAAGGUCCCCCUGCUCAAAAAAGCAUAUAUACAUGCCCGUCUGAAGUUUGCCAAUGAACAUCUGAAUGAUUCAGAGGUGAACUGGGUGAAAGUGUUGUGGUCAGAUGAGACCAAAAUGGAGCUCUUUGGCAUCAACUCAACUCGCCGUGUUUGGAGGAGGAGGAAUGCUGCCUAUGACCCCAAGAACACCAUCCCCACCGUCAAACAUGGAGGUGGAAACAUUAUGCUUUGGGGGUGUUUUUCUGCUAAGGGGACAGUACAACUUCACCGCAUCAAAGGGACGAUGGACGGGGCCAUGUACCGUCAAAUCUUGGGUGAGAACCUCCUUCCCUCACCCAGGGCAUUGAAAAUGGGUCGUGGAUGGGUAUUCCAGCAUGACAAUGACCCAAAACACACGGCCAAGGCAACAAAGGAGUGGCUCAAGAAGAAGCACAUUAAGGUCCUGGAGUGGCCUAGCCAGUCUCCAGACCUUUAAUCCCAUAGAAAAUCUAUGGAGGGAGCUGAAGGUUCGAGUUGCCAAACGUCAGCCUCGAAACCUUAAUGACUUGGAGAAGAUCUGCAAAGAGGAGUGGGACAAAAUCCCUCCUGAGAUGUGUGCAAACCUGGUGGCCAACUACAAGAAACGUCUGACCUCUGUGAUUGCCAACAAGGGUUUUGCCACCAAGUACUAAGUCAUGUUUUGCAGAGGGGUCAAAUACUUAUUUCCCUCAUUAAAAUGCUAAUACAUUUAUAACAUUUUUGACAUGUGUUUUUCUGGAUUUUUUUGUUGUUAUUCUGUCUCUCACUGUUCAAAUAAACCUACCAUUAAAUUUAUAGACUGAUCAUUUCUUUGUCAGUGGGCAAACGUACAAAAUCAGCAGGGGAUCAAAUACUUUUUUCCCUCACUGUAUCUAUUUUAUCCUCCCUAGAUCCUCUCUCUCUUUCUCGCGCGCACUCACUCACUCACUCACUCACUCACUCAAACAAGGCUACAUCUUAGUAAGGUGCAUGUCUAAUGUUCGGUGGCUCACAUUAACAGUGAGUUCUGUCCGCAGGGAGGAAGCGGAUGAGGACUACACCUACUCGGUCACCACCAGAGUACCACAGGGUUUCCCCAGGGGCAGGCUGUGUUUCAGGCUGGAGCAGAGCUACUCGCUGGGCCCCCUGGUGGUCAACACCGAGGCUGUCCUCAGGACCAGGACCAGCCUGAAGAACAACAGGACUCUGUUCACUGACGACAAUGGGUACCAGAUGAUGAAGAGGCCUUCCAGGACGUUCGUCCAUAAUAAUGUUGCCAGAGUGAGUGGGUUGUAUUUAAGGACUGUUUGGUGUUGAUGGUUAAAUGUACUCUGAACUUCCACAGUACCUUGCCAGCCAGAGGAAGAUGGCCUACACUUUAUGAGCCUGGUUCACCUCAAGAUGUUUUCCUACUCAGGGAGUUUGGGUGUUGGUCUCCUCAGCUUUCCCUUUGGUGAAUCAGGCCUGGGUUACAGUUCAGGACUUUGUGACAAUUGCUUGUGUUUCUUCCUGUGUCUGUGUACUGCAGAACUAUUACCCCAUGGUUCGAACGGCCUACAUUGAAGAUGACUCUAGCAGACUGUUCCUCCUCAGUGAGAGAGCUCAUGGUGCCUCCAGCCAGAGGGAGGGAGAGCUGGAGGUGAGUGUGUGUUUAGGUAUGAGACACACACACACACACACACACACACACACACACACACAACCCCCUGUAUUUGUCCCAGGUGAUGCUCCACCGACGUCUGUGGAACAACCAGGAGUGGAACCUGGGUUAUAACCUGACCCUGAACGACAGCUCGGUGGUGAGGCCUGUCCUGUGGAUGACACUGAGCUCCCUGACUGCUAACUCCUCUCUCUACCAGAGGGAGGCGAUAGAGCUGCAGCAUAGACCUGUGGUCAUGCCCAUCGACAGGCCACGUGAGUCCACUCCUUAUAGCUCUCCUAUUUAACUACUCUGGCUAGGCUCGCAGGUUGACCUUUAAUGUCAUGAAUCUUGUCCUGGAGGCAGAACUGAGCGAUUUUCCGCUAGAUGGUCCAGCUGCAAAGUCAAAAUUGCCUAUAUCGUAAACAUUCAUGAAAACAAAAUGUGCUUUUUGAUCUUAAUUUAAGAUUAGGAUUCGUUAUUAGGGUUAGCAGUAUGGUUAAGGUUAAGGCUAGGGUUAGGUUUAAAAUCAGAUUUUAUGACUUUAUGGCUGUGCCAGUUUGUGACCACUCUGCAGAGCUGCCUCCCAGGGCAAGAUUCAUGACCGUAAAUACCAACCUGCUUAAAGCACGCACAGCUACUUUCCACUAAAACUUUCCCUAGAAAUCCAUAAAGUGUAAUCCAUUCUAAAAACAAAUACACAAUUGAGACGUUCCCAAAUGGAGUCGACCACGUUUUUGCUCACCUAUACUAUGCAUUGUCACAAUGUAUGGUCUCAUACCUACACUGCACUGCCAUUCCACCUCUCCCUCUAGAGAAGGCCUGGAGGAAGGAGCCUCGGACCAGAUCUCCGCUUCGCCCCGUGGUCCUGCCUGACAACCUCCACCUGCUGACAUUCAGUGUCCCGGGCUGGGUCUACAGCUCCAACCACACCCUGCACCUCCACAACAUAGAGACAGGUACCCCUGGAUCCACACAGCCGGACUACGAUCGGGUCCUACUGAGGAUCAUGCAUCUGUAUGAGAAGGGGGAAGACCCGGUUCUCUCUCAGCCGGCUACAAUUAACAUGAAGGUAACAGAAAACACAGCUGGAUGAGAUGAAUAUGACACCUCUAUAUACACUGCGAUCAUAUUGAGGUCAAAUAAGAGUUAUUUGUGUGUACUAAAUGCAAAACUAAGUGAAAAAAUAGAUUGACAUUUGGUGGUCACUACUCCAUUUACACUGUUUGUUUUGAAAAUCAAUUUCCUGUGUAAACAGGAAGUGCUGCGGGGCAUGGGAGAAGUGGGAGCGGUGGAGGAGCGCUCUCUCACAGGAACCUGGGAUAUCUCCGACCUCCAGAGGUGGAAGUGGAAGACUUCAGAAGACCCAGGGAGAGGUGAGAGGCUUGGGAAGCUUCAGUUCAACUUUGGUGGAGGGAAAUAUCGCAUCUGA